UCUGUCUUGCUUAUUAUGAUGUUUGUUUUCCAGGUAUUUGUAAACUGCAUGUUUGUGGGUGUGAUGGCUUUCUUUGCCCGCAUUAGCGACUCCAGUGUUGGCGGGACUUACAUGACCCUCCUCAAUACUUUCACCAAUCUUGGUGGUAACUGGCCAGCCUGGAUUGCACUGCGUUAUGUCUCGGAACUAACAUGGAAGUCCUGUUUGGGAGUGAUGACCGCAUUCUCUUGCAAUAGCAAACAGGAAGAACAGAUGUGUGAGGCUGCAGGAGGCACAUGUACCAUCAACAUUGAUGGCUAUUAUGUAGAGAGUGUAUUACUUCUGGUAUUUGGUCUCCUGUGGAUGUACUGGGGGAUCUCCACCAUCAAGAGAUUACAGAAUCUGCCAGUAUCGGCUUGGGCAGUAUCUCGUAGAAACUGCUGAUUAAUGUCAAUUUUAUUUGGAUUAAUUGUGAUGGACUUUUUAAGAUGAUAACACUUGUUGUAUCAUGUUAUAAUGGUUCUGUUAUUGUAGAUUUACAAUCACUACUGUGGUGCAAUAGACCUAUAAUUACCGACAUGAGUGUUCCUCUGUAUUUCUGGUCGUAUUAUUAUUUUGCAGACUCCUGAUACAUUAUUGUAUAAAUAGAACAUUUUGUUGUCUUUAUUAUCAGUGGAGGAAUUUUAUUGAUUAUAAAUAUAAAAGUUUAUACUUUAGUAAAGCUGAACAUAUAUAAAUUUUUAGUUGUAAUUCA